AAGAAAAUGUAGGAGGCGAGGUAUUUGCAACCGCGCUAUCAUAGGCAGGUGGCACAGGAGUGUUGGUCACACCGGCAUCGAUUUCAGAAAGGCAAUCUCCUUCAAGUAUCUGUCCGCCUUGACCCUCGUAUAACGACGGGAUGAUUGCAAAUGCAAGACGGCUGAUGCUCGGCAGUUGAUGGGCUGAGAUCGCUAUGCAAAGCUGGCGUAUCCACCUAGCAGGGAACCUCCUAUCUGCAAUGCUUGCAUGAACUGUGAAAGACGUUUGCGUAGUCAAUAUGCGCAGAGACUUGAUCCUAUCAUUCGAUGGCUGAUCUGGAGAUGCGAAUGUCUUCGGGAGCACCAGAGCCGGUGGCCUGAGCAUAUCGAAAGUCAGAGCAAUUGUGUUACGACCCACGAAUUCCUUGGGAUCGGGGUCAAAAUGAAGUUGCCGAAUGCGCUCUGGAGGAAUGAAAACAAAGACGCGGACGCCGUUGCGGUGGCGGCUACGGCCCGUGCUAGGCACAUCCAGCUUAACACGUGUGUGGACUUUGAAAAAAGCGCCUCUGUUGGUACUCCCUGGGAUCCAAUGUACAUCCAGAAACACGUUUUCCAGGCGAUUGCUUGGUUGCCAUAAGGCCAAAGCUGGUGCAUGUGUAAUAUCAACAUUGGUAGCAGGCCAUGUCGGAUAUAUGCCGCCAGAGUUAUCAGAUGAUAAGCUGCUGUCGUUGCUACUGGGAACAUGUAGACACCUUGUACCUCUUGAAACGCGUCGAUCGAUCUCGUCUUCAGCAAGGGGCGUGUUUGGGUUCGUCGCAGUGCACGAGUGGAUUGAGGGUGUUGGAGACAUAGUAGAACAAUAGACUAUCGAACAGAGAACCUCUUCAUGAAAAUGUUAGUAUUGCGCGUAGUUACAUUGCAAAGGAAGAAAAACCCCCAAGAAAAAUCUCAGGAUCCCACCCACCCAGGCUUCUGUUUCGAAGAGCAGCCUUGACUCUUAAAAAAAAAAGGAUGUGGAAAUGACCGCUGAAGUUGAGGAUCAGAGAUUGCAGGCCGGUGACACCUAACUGGCCGGCCCAGCCACGCCGCCGCCCCAGAUUAGUAUGCACUGAACCCAACACCCAGGGUCUUUCGUCGGCCGUAGGCGACGAGUGGAAGCCUGUAGAUUGGUGCUGGUCGUACUAUACUGUCCGUGGAGGAAUCGUGGGCAGUGAGAGGGCACAGUGAGGGCACACGUCUACUGUCGCGGUGGGAGGUUGAGUGUCGUUGGUUGAAG